CUUUUCAACCCUCUAUAUCAAUUUUCAACAAUAUAUAGAACACUCCUCACUAAAAUGGCUUCGACUGAAACUGUUACUCCCAAGCCAGCUGGAAGAACCAUUUUGGCUUCAACUAUAGCCAAGCCGUUUGUGGAAGAGGUUACUGGAGGUUUAACCAAGCUCGAUUUCAAGCCUAAGUUGGUGGGUUUCUUGGCCAACGAUGAUCCUGCGGCUAAAAUGUAUGCCAACUGGACUGGCAAGACUUGUGAGUCUUUGGGCUUCCACUACGAAUUGAUCGACGUCAACAAGAAUGAAUUAGAGAACGAGUUGAUCAAGGCCAACAACGACGAUGCAGUCAAUGGCAUUAUGGUGUAUUUCCCCGUUUUCGGUGAUAGCCAGGACCAGUACUUACAGCAAUUGAUAUCACCUGAAAAGGACGUCGAAGGCUUGAACUUCUUGUACUACCACAAUUUGUACCACAAUGUGAGAUUCUUAGAUGCUCCUACCAAUGAGCAGAAGUCCAUUUUGCCUUGCACACCUUUGGCAAUGGUAAAAAUCUUGGAGUAUUUGGGGGUAUACAACAAGAUCUUGCACUAUGGAAACAGACUCUAUGGCAAAAAGAUCUUGGUGGUGAACCGGUCAGAAAUCGUUGGCCGUCCCUUAGCAGCCUUGUUGGCUAACGAUGGUGCUACAGUUUAUUCUGUGGAUAUCCAUAAUGUGCAGCAAUUCACUAGAGGAGACGACUUGCUGGCUCAGAGACACAAGGUGAUCGACUUGGACCAGAACGAAUACUCCAUCGAAAAGAUUGCACCUCUUUGUGAUGUAAUUAUCACUGGUGUUCCUUCCGACAACUACAAGUUCCCAACAGAACACGUUAAGUAUGGGACAGUAGUGAUAAACUUCUCUAGCUCGAAGAACUUCAACGAUGACAUCAAGUUGAAAGCUGGCUUGUACGUACCUUCUAUCGGUAAGGUCACCAUUUCAAUGCUCUUGAGAAACUUGUUGAGACUUAUUGAGAACAAGCAAAUCAGAUUGGCCAAAGAGAAGAAGUAAUUUGCCCGGAGAAAAUCCCAUUGCAACUACUGCAAUGUUAAUGUAGAUACUACUACUACAAUGACAACAUACAUAACGAUAACAUAACAAAACAAAACAUAGCAAAAGAAUUGCAAUAACCAUACAAUAUCAUUAGUAUAAACAAGAAUGCAAGAAUAUUACGAAUAG